AUGAUGAUGAUGAAAUCAAACAAUGGACAUGGAAGUUAUGGUAACUCGCCACGUGAUCCACUUUUGAAUCAACUAAAUCCUCAAUAUCAUAAUCAUCAUCAUUCAUUUGUCUCGAAUGGAAAUCUUCAUUUGAAUGGAUCCUCGCCGCUAUCAUCGAAUCAACCUCUUAAUGUACAAAGGUAAGAAGAAAAAGGGUUUUUGGAGAGAAGGAAAUUUAGAAGAUGAAUAUGUUUCGUGGUAGAUCUCAUUGUUAGAAAAUCUGAUAGUUUUGAUUGAAAAAGUGCCUAUUUUUCCUACACAAAAAAAUUCCGCUGAUUCAGAAUCGCCUCUUGUUCCCUUUCUCCAUCGGAUGGUGUUGUUAUGGUGAAAUUAACCGAUGAAAUGUUUGCCGCAUUGGAAAAUUGCCAAAAAUCGGGAAAACCAAUGCGAAUCCGAAUCGAAGAACAAGGCGGAACUAUUGAAAUUGGUGACGGCGCCGCUUCUUCGAUGACCAACAAUACGUUUCGAUUUCAGAAACAAGUGUUACCGGUUGGUCUUUGAUUUCUUCCAGAAUUUCUUCCACAGAUUUUUUCUCAAAAUAUAAUGUUUUUAGUAUCCAACGGAUGCAAUUGUUCAAACGGGUAAUAAAAUUCGGAAUGUUGGAACAUACAAAACAAAAUAUCAAAUUCAAGCAACUGACAAAUCAUUCGAAGAAACUAGAAAACGGGCCGAAAAACGAGCAGAAGUUGAAAAAUCACGGGGAACAAAAGAUUUGCCAAAAGCAACCACUGCUAGCUCGAACUCAUCUCGAUAUUUAUCAUCGCAUUCCUCAAAUUCAACACCAAAAUCCUCAACAUUAUCCAAAGUUUCACCAACAUCGAAUUCAGCAUCAACAAGUUCGCAAAAAACACCAACCCCAGAUAAUAUGAUGAAAUCCAAUUUAUUGUCCCAACCUCUACGUAAACGCAUUGCUCAUCUUAUUGUCACACAAAAAUAUAAAAGUUGGGAAGAGAUUUAUGCGAAAUUGUCAAGUGAUGGAUUAUCGGCUGAUUGUGAUGGAAAUGUUGUCAAAUCAUUGGUUAAGAAGUUGGGUGAUUUCUCAACAAGUUCACCAUAUUUGUAUUUAUUACCUAAUUUUAUGCCGGAAGUCAAUUUUCGAUGGCCGUUUUAUACAACUGAAGAAAAGGAAUUGGUUAGAAAAAUUCAACAGAAAGCGGCGAAUGUUACGGUUCAACCACAGGAUUCGUCGUUUGCACCAACACGGAGAAAGGUUGGUAUUUUCUAGGAUUCGGAAUUUUGUAUAAUCUGAGCAAUUUCACAGAAAUUCAUUUUUUUCACAGAAAAAUUCACAGAAAUUCAUUUUUUUUUGAAUUUUUUACAUGCGCAAUUGUUAUCCAAAUUUUGAGCUAAUCUGAGCAAUCCUGAUUUUUGGUUCCUAGGCUUAUUUGGUCUCAUAAAGUUCCUAUUUUGAUUUCAAGAAUCAAUAUAAUAUGAGCAAUUCUUCGUUAGGUAGAAUUUGGUUCGAUUUUUUAAAAUUCAAAAUAUUUUCCUUUCUUGUCCGAAAAAACGAGUUGUAAGAAGUUUUUCAAAAUUUUUUAGAUAAGAAGAAAAAUCUGUAGAUCUUUCGAAAUUUUUAAUAAAUUUUUUGCCCUAACCUUAAUUGGCCAAAUUUCGAAGAAAACUUCUUGAAAAAAUUGAUUUUUCUCUGAGCCCUAUAAUUAUUUUCAUUUGUUUAUUUCUUCCUUUUUUUGCUCUCAAAAUUGUGCCAAAUUUCAUUUCUGCCCAGUUUUUCGACUAAAUUUUGAUAAAAAAUGGCCGAAUUUUGACUGAGAUUUUUUCUCAUAUUUUCACCGUCUCAUUUAAAAAUCUGAUUUUUUCAGGGAAUGGAGAAAAUGACAGCCUCAUCCCGCCGGAAUCCAACUGAUUCCUCAUCAUCCGCCGCUCCACCAAAGCCUGCCGAAAAAACGCCUGAAAAACCAGCACCACCUCCUGUUAAAAUUGAAGAGAAAGACGAAGAAAUGGAUAUUCCGGCACCGCAAGGAAUUAAAAGAAAAGCGCAUGUUCCGCAAGCAUCGCAAGGUUCGCAAGAAAAACGAGCGAGAACUGAAAUUGUUGUCAACAAUAAACCACUGCCACCUCAACAACAUCAACAUAAUCAUCAUCAAAAUCAUAAUAAUAGUCAUAUUUUGCCACCAAAUUUGGUGCAAAAUCAUCAUAAUCAUCAACAUCAACAAAAUGGCGGUGGUUCGACAGCAUCUUCACGUGUUUCCUCACCAGCUUCUUCACUUUCAUCGCCAAGUCAACCAUCUUGUGAUUGGGAAAAAGAAUAUGGAGAAAUCAAGACGACGCAUCAAGCUGAACAAUAUUUUGGAAUAUUUCAAAAAGAUUAUCCAAUUUAUAUGGAAUGCUAUAAGAAAUUGACAUAUGUUUCGAAAGAAUUUCGAGAUUUGGAAACUAAAUUGAGAAGAGGUGAUAAGAAUGUGGAAAUUGAGAAGGCGAUUCAAACGAGAUAUGGUGAUUAUGAAAAGGAUCCUGAAUUUAUGAGAGUAAGUUAGAUUUGGGAGCGGGGAAAAAUUUGAUCAAUUCUUGACGAGAAAAAAAAUUUUGUAUGGUCAAAAAUUUGAAAAAAAAGUAAAAAUUAAAUUUUAAAGUGCCACGUCAUUUUGUCACGUAAAAAAUCACAGUAAAACCAUCUCAACGUGACAAUUAAAUUUUUUCUAUUUUUGGCAAACCUGAUUUAUUUUCUCCUAGGAUUAUUUGGUCUCAUAAAUCUUCAAAUUUAAUGUCAAAAAUCAAUAUAAUAUGAGCAAUGCUUCGUGAUCCCUAUUUUCAUUCUCUCUUUUUCCAGGUUCGUCAAAAACACACUGAUUUACGAUCAAAAUUGGCUGUUUUGAAAAAUCGAAUUGGAAAUUGGAAACCAUCUUCUUCUUCGACUUGA